UUUUGUUUUCGGGUUUUCAGGAGGUUAACACAAUGCCGCCAAAGUUUGAUCCUACUGAAGUUAAAUUAGUUUACUUGCGCUGUGUUGGCGGUGAGGUUGGUGCCACUUCUUCUUUGGCCCCUAAAAUCGGUCCAUUGGGUUUGUCUCCCAAAAAAGUUGGUGAUGACAUUGCCAAGGCCACCUCUGACUGGAAAGGUUUGAAAAUCACUGUCUGCUUGACCAUCCAAAACAGACAAGCCACCAUCUCAGUUGUUCCCUCAGCUGCCUCUUUGAUCAUUAAGGCUUUAAAAGAACCCCCACGCGAUAGAAAGAAGCAAAAGAACAUCAAACACUCUGGUAAUAUUACUUUUGAUGAUGUUCUCUCUAUUGCCCGCACCAUGAGACCCAGAUCUAUGGCUCGUACAUUGUCUGGCACCUGCAAAGAAAUCUUGGGUACUGCCCAAAGUGUAGGCUGCACCGUUGACGGUCGUCCCCCACAUGAUAUCAUUGACGAAAUCAAUGAUGGCUCCUUUGAAGUUCCAUCCGAAUAAAUAGUAAUAAACAAUUCUACUAGUUUUAUAUGAAAAUUAUAAAGGAAAUGGACUUAACAAUUAAAAGUUUAUUGAUUUUAUAAGAUGGAAAAAAA